CUCAUUUCGACGUCUCUCCGCCCUUCUUGCGUCUUUUGCCGCUUGCCGCCCGUCUUACUCCGACUGCUGCUGCGCCUUCUAUAUACUGCUCACUACCCCCGCCAGGCGUGUGAAAGGACCGCCGCGCCCUUCAACUUACAGCUCUCCAUUGUUGCCCAUUCCAGCCUAUCAUUGCACGGCACUCCGCGGCCGCCAAACCGCUUCCCUUCUGUGGUCAAUGAGAAAGUGAAUCUGGAUCCGCUUCAAUUCACGCUUGAUCCAAAGGAUCUCGGGUUCUGUAAAGUCUACAGGUGCAGUGACUCAUAGCCUGAGGCCUUCCACUCAAUCCGAGCUCAGGUGCGACCAGUCAUCGACAACAUGUCUGCACCCCACGGCCAGAACAGCCACCCCCGUCGCCGGCCUAUUAAUGGCCAGACCUCCCCUCUCAACACGCAUGGCAUGUCUCUUCGCAAGAGUGACACUUUCUCUUCGCCAAAGAACUUGUCUUCCGACAUUUGUGGUCUGGAGAAUCAACCCUUCAUGCCCCGUCGGUCGCCAACCAGUCCGGAGAGCCUAGUAGCGCUCCUCGACCAGCACUCCAACGUUCGUCGCAUCACCAACUUGCUCGAGGGCCUCGACAAGCAGCUUUCCGGACACAAGGCGGCCUCAGCCAUCGCUGCCAACAUCCUUGCCGACCCUGAAGUGCUGCCGGUCCCCAGUUUUGUUCUCGACAACGCUACUCUGGACACCACCCCAAUGGAGCUUGACUCAAAGCCAUCUGCAGUCCAACGCAACACCCACGAGCACGCUUCUGAUAGCGGUCUCGGAUCCAGCAUUGGUGGAUCAAAAUACGGUAAGCGUCCAUCGCAGCUACCCGUCUUGGGAGCCCCGCCUUCUGACAUACUUAAAGACGCUGCUCGCACUCAACCCUCCAGUGUCAGUGAUUCCGUCAACACCUCCAUCACGUCAACCCACUCUGCUAUCACCCGGUCCAUGUCGUCAUUGGGCGCUUCGGAGGAGAAGCACACCCUUGGCGAGUACGCGUGCCAGCAGAUUCACGAUAAUAUUAUCAAGCCUAUCCUCGCAGAGGAGUCUUUGAAGGACUUUCACCCCCUGAUCCAGGACGUUCCACGACGCAUAGGUGAGAAGAGUAUUUGCAACCUCCGCGACCUUGAGAAGACCCUUAUAUUCUUGGCACCGGAGCUCUCGGCCUCGGCGACUUCUUACCUCCAAUUCUGCGAACUAUCAAUUCAACUUCUGCACGCAACCGUCGAGCAACUGUCCGAACAAGACCAGCGCCUACCAUCCGACCGCCCGUACACUAACAACUACUUCCUUGAUUUGGCUGAGCAGAUCCAACGAUACGCCAGAAUUAUGGCUGCAACACGACAAAAAGAAUCCAAGGGCGAGUCACUAGACGACAUGGAUUACUCCCGCGAUGAGAAGAUCACGCUCCGCGGCGGGUUCAGCCACGAUGGCCGCCCCAUGCAGUUGGUACGUGAGAAGAAUGGCAAAUCCAUGUCUCUCGCAGAGGGCAUCGACAGCUCCUACAAGGUGUCAAAGCGUCCUCUCUCUGACGACGAAAUGGAUGAGGAUGAAGCUACCCGCUCCAUGGCACGCCGAAGGAAGUCCGACAAGCCUGGUGAUGUAAUGCACACCUGCCGCGACUGCAAGAAGGAGUUCAAGCGACCUUGCGAUUUGACCAAGCACGAGAAAACUCACUCUCGCCCAUGGAAGUGCUCCGAAGAGAAGUGCAAGUACUUUGACCUCGGCUGGCCAACCGAGAAGGAACGCGAUAGGCACAUGAAUGACAAGCACUCCGCCCAACCAGCGCAGUACAAGUGUCUCUAUCCUCCAUGCACAUACGCAUCGAAGCGUGAGUCGAACUGCAAACAGCACAUGGAGAAGGCUCAUGGCUGGGAGUACGUCCGCUCGAAGAGCAACGGACGCAAGAAGAUGCCCACCAGCAGCGAGCGUAGCCCUACCACGCCGCUCACUCCCUUCCUUGGAACUCCUAUGUCGGCAGUUAUGACGACACCUGUUACACCCUAUGCUCCUUCACCUCAAGUUCCCAUGAUGGAUAACUUUGCCGAGUUUUAUGGUUUCAACACUCCGGCCGUGAGCAUGCAUGGCUUUCAGGAUGACUUCCGACGCGAUUCCAUCACCACUGACGGCUCUCACUUCACAUACUCGUCCGGACAUUCGCCCAUUGAGCCAACUUCAUUCGAUGAUGCUGUGACACCGGAGGACACCGCCAUCAACCAUAACGAUGUCUUCAACACCUGCGCCUUGGGAUCAAACUUCACCACCGGCUUUCAGCAGCAGCCAACACCGGCGCUCAGCACUGGCUUUGACUUUGAUCCUCUUCCGUUCACCAACACCAUGUCGAACGGCAUUCCGCAUCUCUCACCUCUGGCUCAGCCAGAUGUCACUCUCUUCUCCCCACAUUUGCAGAUGGACGAGGGCUUUGGCGACAUGGAUAUGGACAUGGACAUGCAGGCCUUCAGCCGGCCAGCUGCAGACUUCACACUGUUCGACACGAUGCAGCCAAGCAGUAUGGCGAUGAACAACACCGCGAACUUCUUUCCCGAGUUCAACCAGCUUGGAGGACAGUUCGACAGCUUGUACGCCGAGCCCUCCACGACGCUGGACGACCUGAUGGGCAACAACUACGGCGCUUAGUAACUUCAUUGCAUUGUAAACGAUCACGAGCGGGCAUUUGUAUAGCGAUUUCACCCAUUUCUUGCUUUUACACGAGCAACAGCUCCCUUUCUUUGCUGGCGUUCAGGUUAUAGCAGCACAUACAAUGAUACGUAGAAAGAGGAGGUUCAUGUACUGGGCUAUCACGAUUAUGAUUUUCCCCUCCCUGCUUUGCCCGGCGCAGCGCCCUCGAUCUUCAAGAACAGAAAAUCCCAAAAAAACAAACGACCUUUGUUUAACCGGAUUUCUUUCACGGGCAACUGAUUUUGAUCUCCCCCCCUCUCCCAUUUAGAGUGUCAGGCUGGGUUGAGGUCAUCAGAUAGUGUAUUAGUAGAAUACGAUAAUGUGGAGGAAACAAGCCUCGUUCCUAACUG